UAAUCUAUCGGAAAUGAUCAAUAGUCUUUCAGAAGAAAUUGAUGAAAUUCAUUUAAUAUUUCCUCAUUUUCGGUCAAAUCCAAAAAAUAACAUUUUUUUCACUUUAAAAAAAUUUAAAAGACUUCAAAGUUUGACAUUAAUUGGAUGCAAUGUCGAUAACAUUUUUCGAGAAAUAUCAGAAAAAACAACACUAGUUUAUCUUGAUAUUAAACUGUUUGAGUUGUACCAAAGUUUGUUUAUGUUUAAACAACUUGUGAAUUUGGAACAUUUGAAUAUAACUGUUGAGCAUGACAUAGUUGAGGAAAACUUUGAUACAAAUGUACUCAUUAAUAUUUUUAGUACAUGCAAAAAACUAAAAUAUCUUGAUCUCCCAUUUGGUCUUUAUGAUGUCACUAAAAUUCCAAUCAAACACUGGAAAAAUCUUGAAAAUUUAGAACAUCUUAGUAUUUAUAAUGCAAUGACUGAUAAGUUACAAACGACAAUCACGAAAUAUUGCAAAAAUUUGAUAUACUUACACUCGAAUUUAGAACCUGGUGAAAAUAUCGGAAAAUUGACAGAGUUAAAAAAUCUUGAAUGUUUAAUAUUGUUAAGCAGCGUUCAGCCCAGUGGUGACUCAAUAAUCGCAAUUUCAAACAAUUGUAAAAAACUUAAACGUUUGGACAUUUCUAGUAGUACUUUCAUAGGAUCAAUUUAUGGUAAACCACUUUCGUCUCCAUCUGUUUUUAAUGAGUUAUCAAAAUUGCAAUAUCUUGAACAUUUAGAAUUGAGCCGUAUACAAAAUCUUAGAGAUAAUUCGAUUAUUGCUAUUGCUAAGAAUUGUAAAAACCUAAACUAUUUAGGAAUCGGAAUAUGCCCAUUUAUAACUGAAACAGGUCUUGAUGCUUUAACGAGCUUGAAAAAUUUACAUGAAUUAAAUGUAAGCCAACUUUAUAUAACAGACAAUUUUAUCAUCAAAUUAAAAGGAUUUAAAAAAUUGUAUUGUGCUGGUUGUUGUAAACUUUUUGAUACUGGUAUCAUUCAACUUAUAAAAAAUAAUCCAGAUCUUGAACAUCUCGAUAUCAGUUGGGCCUUUGGUUGUACAACUGAUCUGGUCAUUCGUGCUGAUCAGGAAACUAAAAAACGUACAAAUGGUAUCAUUUUGUACAUAAAAAUUUGCCGUCCAGACCUAAUAGAAGCUUUUAAGUUAAUGAAUAAAUCUCAAUGGUUGGUUAUUGAAUAGAAUUGAUCAAAGUUAUCGUAUACUUUUCUCCGAUUUACGCGUUAUAUUUUUCCAUGAUUUAUCCUUAAAUAAUAAUAUGUAUGGAACAAUUAUUUGUACCAUAAAUGAUACAUAUGUAAUCACAGGUUUGAUGACAUUUAAGUGGUUUGAAAAAUUAUUUUAUAUUUUUUUAAUAAACGUGCCAUUUAUUGUUGUUACCUGCAAAUUCGUGAGUCAUUCACUAAAUAAAUUAAUCGAUAAUUUAAGUAAAAAAAUAUUGAU